UUUCAAAUUGUUGUCAUGAGUGAAACUUCACUGUGGUGAAAAACACGUGGGAUUUGUUGUUUCCCUCGGAUUCUCCCUUGUUUUUGGUCAGAGAAUGUCCUCCAAAACAAAAUCUCCGCUGAGAUUCAAGCUCCUGGCCAAGUGUAGUGUGACCAAGGCCAGAGUUGGAGUGGUAUCACUGCCGCACAGCGAUGUUUCCACGCCUGUUUUCAUGCCGGUCGGCACCAAAGGAUCCAUGAAAGGCAUCCUCCAGCAGCAACUCUAUGCGCUGGACUGCCGGAUAAUGCUGAGCAACACGUAUCAUCUGGGCCUGAAGCCGGGCAUUGAGACGCUGCGAAAAGCUGGAGGACUGCAUAAGUUCAUGAACUGGACCAGAAGUCUUCUCACAGACUCCGGAGGCUUCCAGAUGGUGUCGCUGCUGAAGCUGGCCGAGAUCACGGAGAACGGCGUGAAGUUCCAGACGCCCUACACGGACGAUGCCGAGAUCACGCUCACGCCCGAGCAUUCCAUUGAGAUCCAGAACGCCAUCGGCGCCGACAUCGCCAUGCAGCUGGACGAUGUGGUGAAGACUACGACGCGCGGACCGCGCGUGGAGGAGGCCAUGCACCGCACAGUGCGCUGGCUGGACCGCUGCCUCGGCGCGCACUCCCGGAACGCCGACCAGAGCAUCUUCCCGAUCGUCCAGGGCGGCCUGGAGCCGGAUCUGAGGCGCGCCUGUGCGGAUCUCCUCACCCAGCGACCCUGUCGCGGCUUCGCUGUGGGCGGCCUGAGCGGAGGCGAGAGCAAGGACGAGUUCUGGCCCGUGGUUCGGCUGUGCGCGCAGCUGCUGCCCGAGGACAAGCCACGGUAUCUCAUGGGCGUGGGAUUCGCCGCCGAUCUGGUGGUGUGCGUGGCGCUGGGCAUUGACAUGUUCGAUUGCGUGUUCCCCACGCGGACAGCGCGCUUCGGCUGCGCCCUGGUGCGCUCUGGGCAGCUCAAUCUCAAGCAGAAGAUCUUCGCCAAGGAUCACCGGCCCAUCGACGAGCAGUGCUCCUGCUCCACCUGCCGCUCCUACACCAGAUCCUACCUGCACCACAUCGUGACCGUGGAGCCCGCGGGCGCCAGCAUCCUGUCCGUGCACAACGUGGCCUUCCAGCUGCGCCUUAUGAGCGACAUUCGCGAGGCGAUUCAGCAGGACAAGUUCCCGGACUUUGUGAAGGACUUCAUGAAGGAACACUUCGAAGGCAGAGAGGUUCCUCAAUGGAUUAUCGACGCCCUGCGAUCGGUCGAUGUGGAGUUAUGAAGAUCAGGACGACA